CUCUUGCCGCGUGCUGGUGUUGGAGGACCCUCCCCGCUGCAGAUUUACCAACAGCAUGAAUCAAGAAAAGUUAGCCAAACUUCAAGCUCAGGUCCGGAUAGGGGGCAAGGGUACAGCUCGCAGAAAGAAGAAGGUGGUACAUAGGACAGCUACUGCUGAUGACAAAAAGCUUCAGAGUUCUCUAAAGAAACUGGCUGUGAACAAUAUAGCUGGUAUUGAAGAGGUGAACAUGAUUAAAGAUGAUGGAACAGUUAUUCAUUUCAACAACCCCAAAGUCCAAGCUUCCCUCUCCGCUAACACCUUUGCAAUUACUGGCCAUGCAGAAGCCAAACCAAUCACAGAAAUGCUUCCUGGAAUAUUAAGUCAGCUUGGUGCUGACAGCUUAACAAGCCUUAGAAAGUUAGCUGAACAGUUCCCACGACAAGUAUUGGAUAGUAAAGCACCAAAACCAGAAGACAUUGAUGAAGAGGAUGAUGAUGUUCCAGAUCUUGUAGAAAAUUUUGAUGAAGCAUCGAAAAAUGAAGCUAACUAAAAUCCUCUGGGUUCUGGAAGCUGGCAUGGACUAGAUUUAACAAUCAGCUCUGUUGUUCCAAAGUUUUACAGACACGGAGAACAUCACCUGUUACUAGUUCAGUAAUAUAAAUAUUUUGUAUAUUAAUAAUGCUGUUUGUUCAGCAUUUCUCGGUCAUUUGAUUUUGCAUUUUGCACUUCUUCCCAGGAUCUAUUCUUUUGGUCAAAAUGAAGUAUUGGUAUAGUUUGAGGGUGGUUUUUUGGUUUUUGGGGGGAACUUUUGGUGUGUAUGUAUAUGUAUGUGUGUGGGUAUGUGUGUACACAGCGAACAGCAAAUUGGAUAAAACUUAUAUCUAUCCUCUUCCUUCCCCUAGUAGAAAUAAAACAAAUCUUUACAUUUG